AUGGUCUUACGCAAGGAUGCGACGCCAGUUGUCCAGCCAGCUCGGCGGGUGCCCUUGGCGCUGAGGGAACCUCUGAGGGAGGAGCUGGAGCGCAUGCAGCGAAGUGGCAUCAUUGAGAGGGUCCAGAAACCGACAGACUGGACAUGCUAUCAAGGGCUCCAGGGACAGCGACUAAGGACUACUCCGACGACACGGAAGAUGUGGAGGUCCACGCGGUUGCAGUCAUGUCAACCUUGGUACGACUUCAGCCACGUCACGUCGAGCCCCGAGUUCCCGCGAUCGAAUGGACUCGCUGAGAAGGGGGUUCAGAUUGUGAAAAGAAUCCUAAAGAAAACGGAAGAAACAAAACAAGACUUCUGGCUCGGGUUGCUCAACUACAGAUCCACUCCGCUCGAAGAUGGCCGCUCCCCUGGUGAACUCUUGCAGGGCAGGAGGCUUCGCACUCUACUCCCAGACUUCAGGCAGCAGCCAAGCAUACCAGUAUUCAAGCGAGCCCAGGCAGACACUCGGGGGAGAACGUUACCACCUCUCAAUACCGGCGAUGUCGUGAGAGUACAGGAAAAGACAUGGAAUCGCCGAGCUCAAGUUACCGAAGCAGUUGCACCGAGGUCUUAUCGAGUAGUUACCGAGGACAACAGAGUGCUACGUCGCAGCCGACAGCAUCUGCUUCCAACUGGUGAGCUGUUCCAGCAAGAAGCCCUCGAAUGUGACGACCGGGAGAGCGAACGAGCGUGUGAAGCACUGCAACCCACGGCACCUGCUGCAACUGGAGACUCGCCUGUGAGCUCCGAGAACAUUCCGCAGGCGCCGCCACCCGUGACUACGACUGGACCGACUGUGAGCUCAACGGCUCCGCAGGUUCUUACAUUGCGCCGAUCUACCAGAGAUAGGAGACCACCGCAGCGCCUGCGGUACGACCGCAAUUUCAACCAAGUACUUGGCAUCUAUUCUCCACAGGAGGGAAGAUGUAUCGGGAAUGACGCACGUACCAUGCCUGGUGACAGCGGCUGCCCCCUGAAACCAUGGCUCCUGACUCCGGUCCCAGGCCACCCUCUCACGCGCAUUGCGGAAGGCAGGUACAACACUGCAUACGCUGCCACGCGGUCCGUAGUGGAGCGGUGCAUUGGGCUUCUGUAG